UUUUGUGACAUCGUGCUACAUAAUCAUUACCUUUCAUCUUCAUCAUCUUCUUCUUCCUUUCACCUUAAUCUUCACGCAGCUGCAAUCUUACACCUGCAUUUCUCUCUUCUCGAUUUUUGGGUUUCCUUUUUUUGGUUGAUCAGAUCGACAAAGAGAGGUAGACUAAGAGGUUUUGAGGUUAGAGAUCUUUGGGGGCAGAGGACAAUCGUGAAGUCAAGAAAACGAUGUCGUUUACAGGAACUCAGCAGAAAUGCAGGGCGUGCGAGAAGACAGUUUACCCUGUAGAGCUUCUCUCAGCUGAUGGAGUCUCUUAUCACAAGUCUUGCUUCAAAUGCUCUCACUGCAAAAGUAGACUUCAACUGAGCAACUAUUCAUCAAUGGAAGGAGUGGUGUACUGUAGGCCUCAUUUUGAGCAGCUCUUCAAGGAGUCUGGUAGUUUCAGCAAGAACUUUCAGUCACCUGCAAAGCCAUUGUCUGAUAAGCCAACCCCUGAGCUGACAAGGACACCUAGUCGAGUUGCUGGAAUGUUCUCUGGAACGCAAGACAAAUGCGCUACUUGCAAUAAAACCGUGUAUCCAAUCGAAAAGGUAACUGUGGAAAGUCAGUGUUACCAUAAAUCUUGCUUCAAGUGUUCUCAUGGAGGCUGUCCCAUAUCUCCAUCGAACUAUGCAGCACUUGAGGGAAUUUUGUACUGCAAGCACCAUUUCGCUCAGCUUUUCAAGGAGAAAGGAAGUUACAAUCACCUCAUCAAAUCUGCUUCCAUCAAACGCGCUACUGCUGCUGCCACAGCAGCUGCUGCAGCUGUAGCAGCCGUUCCCGAAUCUUGAAUUCAAGUUCUCUGUCCAGUUUUAAGUUAACAAGUUCAGUCUAUUUGUCUUUGUAUCUGUGAUGUGUUUUUUUUUACCUGUAUUCGCUCUUCAUGUUCUUGUCUUCCAUCAUGAACCAGGCAUCAAAUUCUCCGAGGUCUCUCUGAGUUUCCUUCUUGUGAUACAUUUAAUAACUGAGACUUUUGGCUCU